AUGCGCGCCGGGGUCGCCGGAGCACCGCUAGCACUGCCACGUCAUGUUACCCCGCGCAUGUUUGCUGUUCAGGACUGUCGGCAGGCGACGGAGGGAGUUCAUCACCACGUUGCUUGUCUCAUUGAUUCACCGUACUUGAGCAGAAGGCCUGCCACUUCUAGUUCCGGCGGCACGAUGGCACAGACAAAGAGAGCCCUGGUAAUUACCAGUCCGUGGGGAGACCUUCGAGGCACUGAGAACGAUGGACGCUGUAUGCAAUCGUUGCUGGCCCGGUACGGCUUUCAGGUCUUGUCCUGUCACGGUGCCCAAGCAACACGAAAAGGCAUCCUAGAGGCAUGGCAGCAGCUCAUCUCGUCGACCUCCUCCGGGGACUCUGUUGCCAUCUAUUACUCGGGACAUGGGGGCUUCGUGGAAUGUGCAGCCAACGAGGACAAUGGAAAGGAAUGGCGUUAUCAGUUUCUUGUUCCCGUGGACUUCGAGGAUCCCAGCUCAGGUGGCUUUAAUGGGGUCCUUGACGUAGAACUGGCGCAGCUGCUUCGUGCAACUACCGCGCGAACCCGCAAUGUCACCGUAAUUCUCGACUGCUGUUACUCGGGACGAAUGGUUCGAGCACCAGGAUACGGGGACGCGGCAAGGCCCAAACAGGUCCCCUCCGUACACUAUGAGGAUGUUGCCGACUUUCUCACGUCUUACGCUGAGAGUGUCUCGAAGGAUUCCAAUCAUAUGAAGUGGGAUGAAAACCCGGAUGCGGUUCGUGUAGUAGCGGCAGCUCCUUCCGAAACAGCCUGGGAGGUUCGGGGCAAGGAUGGACGGUGGAUGGGGUCUUUUACCUCGGCACUCGUUCAGGUUAUGAACGAGGCACACAAUCGUCGGCUUCCAUGGCGAACAAGCAUCUUGCGAGUUCAGGACUUGGUCCAGACACAGUUCCCCUCUCAGCAUCCACUGGUGGAGGGCCCCCAUGCUCGCCUUCAUUUCUCCCUUGACGAGGCCGUUUCAGACGCCAUUCACCUCAAAAUCGAAAAUGGCCAACCCGUGCUCCAGGCUGGGCGUGUUGCGCAUGUCUCAGAAGGGGACAUGUAUGCCGUGACGUGCCUCGAUACCGAAAUUUUCUCAAAGGAAGAUCAGAUAGCUGUGUGUGAAAUUAUCAAUGUGCAUCCUUUCCAAGCUGAAGGGAGACUGUAUUACACGACUUCCAACCCGAUACAAGAAGUUCCAUCAGAAGGAGCUUUAGCCUUUUUGCAACAGAGUGCCCAUUACCGGUGGCCGAUCUCAGCGCCUCCGUCGGUGUUGCAUCUACUCAGCCCCAAAGUUCAACAAUCUCGCUUCAUUAGGUUUCUGGGCGAAAAUGAACUGGGCAGUCCCCUGAUCUCGGUAUAUCACCAGGAGAGUUUCAUCGGCAUCCAGUCUCAGGAUGGAAUGCAGCUGACGACUCGUUAUUUUAAUCCAGAGAGCCUCACACACGCAGACCAUGUAUGCCAAGCAGUCGUAGCAGAUGCAGAUCGUCUGGCUUGUGCUCAAAAUCUCCUCGGCCUCCGCAACGGCAACGCUGAUGAACCAUUCAGCCAUCAGGUAGAUGUCAAAGUCGGGCUAGUCGAGAAUCAUCAGCCGACAAAGACCUUGACUGGAUCAGGGUGUGAUCAUCUAUGCGAGGACCAGAGAAUCUACAUAUCCCUUCGAAACGACGGUACGACUACUGCCUAUGUGAGCAUCCUGCACAUCAAUGUCCAGGGCAAGAUAUCUCUGAUAUCAAAGUCCAGUCCCUUGGGAAUUGAACUUCAUGCUCAACGUUCACACUGGCUUCGAAAAACAAGUUUUGGUGUUCUUGAAGGCCUCCGAGUCUCUUGGCCGGCUGAUUUGCCCCGAACCCGUCCUAUUGACGAGCAUCUACUACUCUUUAUCACCACUUCCCCAGUAGACUUGCGUGCAAUCUCUGAUCCCCACGUCACCCCUCAACGCACAGCUGUCUCGAAACUGGAGCGCACAAUGUAUCAACUGUGUCGAGGGGAACGGAGAGAUCUGAUGGAUGACGACGAGCUGGGUCAAACUGCCUACGACAUUGUCCAUAUUCCCCUUACUCUGUUUGCACGGGAGCAGCCCGCGGCUCCACAUUCUCUCCGCCGGACAGGACUGCAAGAACCGCAACGCAAUUGCAAUCAAUUGUCUGAUGAUAAAUAUGAACUUGUUAUUCCCUCGAUGCUCAGUGAAGCACAGGACCUUCCAGAAUUACCCCCACACCUUCUUACAGAGCCAAAGGGGUACUUCAACCAGGCGCUUCGGCGGGUCAAGGGGGUUCCCGCUUGUGUAUGGGUAGUCAACGAGCACACUGAAGCCAUAACCGUCGUGGUCUCGCAAUACCGACCAUCCCGCCUAUGGACCGAAGCCAGUCUCAACGUCUCCACCACGGGUGCCGGUUUUGACCUAUCCACUACGGUAAGUGCUCCUAUCGUAACAUCAAUUCCCGCCAAGUGUGUCAAAAUCUCACUGAUCUUUCCAUAA